UAAUUUAUUUGAAUCGCUGCAUCGGAAAGAUGAGGAGCAUCGUAGUGGUUCUAGCUCUAACCGUCUCGGCCUUUGCGGCCAAGGACUAUAGUGGAUACCAAGUUCUUCGUGUUACUCCUCGUACGGAUGAACACAGACAAUGGCUGAGGGAUAUGGAGACCAGUAUGGCCGAUGAGCUCGACUUCUGGUCUGACGUCAAGAAUAUCCCGGGUAGUACAGUGGAUAUCAUGGUACCAAAUCGACUUCGAUCCAACUUGCUAGAUCUCUUCAAUGUUAAAAGGAUGCAAGUUAGCACCAUGAUCAAGGAUGUCGGUCAACUUAUCCGUGAUCAAGAAAAGGAGAGGAUAGAACGACAGCUUUCGACUCAAGAUCUGAGCACAUUUGACUAUACAGUAUACCACGAUUACGAUGAGAUCCAACAAUGGGUAGUGGAUAUUGUUAACGAAUAUUCAACAAUCGCAACCCGCUUCGAACUCCCUAAAACAUCGUACGAAGGUAGAACUAUCUCUGGCAUUAAGAUCCGAGGAACAGGUGGGGAUUCAGGCACUCGUAAAGGGGUGUACUUUGAAGGAGGUAUCCAUGCCAGAGAGUGGAUUUCACCUGCUACUCUCAUGUACAUCACAAAAGAACUUCUUGAAGACUAUGUGGCAGGUGAUGCUAGAGCCCUAAGAUUCUUUGACACGUUAGACUGGUACAUUGUACCUUCUCUCAACGCUGAUGGAUACACAUAUACCAUAACAGAUGAUCGGUUAUGGCGCAAGACCCGUUCAAACAACGCUGUCACAGGUUCUGGUUGCAUGGGAACAGAUCCUAAUAGAAACUGGCCAUAUGAAUGGGGAGGUCUAGGAACCAGUGCAUACCCUUGUUCCAAUGUCUAUCACGGAAUAAAUACUUUAAGUGAGAGUGAGGUCGAAGCCGUGGUUGAUUUUCUUCGAGACAAGAAGGACAAUGGUCAAGAUUUCUUGUGGUUUAUUGACUGGCACAGUUAUUCCCAGCUUGUCAUUUCUCCAUGGUCUUUCUCUGCCGAAGAGCCCGAUCCAAAUAACAUCGAUCAGUUGCAAGCUGCAGGAGAAGCGAUGGUUGAAGGUAUACGCAGCUACAGUGGAACUGAAUACACAGCAGGACCAACAGCUAAGUUAUUAUAUGCUGCUGCUGGUGCAAGCAAUGAUUGGGGUUAUGCACCAUACAAUUCUAAGAAGGACCAAGGUGGCCUGGGGGCUCCUUAUUCAUACGUGAUGGAACUUCGAGACACCGGUACAUACGGUUUUCUCCUACCAGAAGAACAGAUUGAGGACUCGGGCGAGGAAAGUGUACUUGGUGUAUACGCCAUGGGAACCUACAUCCUUGAUCAGGAAGGACUGUAGCCUGGUCAUAAUGAGGGGGGGGGGAGAACAAGAACAUUAUUUUGAUUCUAAGAAUGAUGGAAAAUGAAUAAGCGUCUAUCUUUUGCUCCAGUAUCAUCAUGUCAUUAAGGGGGGGGGGGGUCCUUGUUUUAAAUGAAAUUAUUUUGAAUUAUUAUCCACCAACGAAUUUUAGAUUACAAAGAUAUGAAAAGAUGGAAUGGGCAACUUAAUACAGUGCAAAUACGAGAGGUGUAAAGUUUUGUCGACAUUAAGGUUGACACGAAUCAGCUCUGUCGUCGAGUUAACUUACCUCUUAUUACAGAGGUUAUCGACAUUGGUAUAGAUUAUUAGCGUUGUUUGUGGAGAGGUCGACAUGAAUUAUUGACACAUCACUCGUUUCUCACUCAUUCUGAAUUGAUCUUGUCUAUUUGGAGUACUGUAAAACUUGCUUGCCAAUGAUUUUUGCUCAUUUGCCCAUAAGCCUAUGUAUGUUGCCUAUGAAUAAAACUAUGUCACAUGACACCAAAACC